AUGGAUAACGUCGUGGCCGCUGUCGAUAAUCCGCUCGAUAACUUUCAACCGAUGGAAAAUCGACCGGAGCCCGAGCUCCCUCCUCGAAAACCUCCCCGAAAAGACAACGAAAAAGGACCCACUUUUGCUCAGCGCGGCAAGAAGAUUUUCCGAUCUUACUUUCCAAACUGGGGAAAGAACGCGCCUUGCUGGGAGCCAGUGACAAUGUUUCAGCAAGCACCCCCUGCUCCUUACAUCACAGGUCUGUCCGACAUCUCCAAGGUGGUUCUCAACAACUACGUUCCUCGCCAUGAAGUGGCCGCCAUGGAUGGGGAAAUGUCGGCGCGGAGCUUCCUGAAGAAACAUCGAGGAACAAGCCCAACGCUUUCCGUUCAAACUGAACGAAAAUGGGAGCUCACCACUUUCGAGAAACGAUACUGUGGAAAGAUGGACAGUAUCACUCACAUUCCCAUCAAUUGGCACUCAGGACUGGGGUUAAAACAAUUUUUUACCAAAGUUAAAAGAUUGAUUUAUCCUAGUGUAGGCAGACUUAUGUUUGACGCGGCGUACGAUGAGGAGCAGCGAUAUGUCCAGUUUCCUGAGGAGAACAAGGCCGACGAACAGGAGACAGCAUCUGCGCGAACUCCCCAGUUUGUCACUCCUGUUCGAAAUUUGUCGACGCCGGAUCCUGUAACUACAGGUUUCAAGCUCGACCGGCGGCGAAACAAGCUAGAACGGGCUUGCACCCCUCCAAAGAUGGCGCUUCCAGUUUUCGAUGUCAAGCCACCUCGAAAAAUUGUUCGAGCUGUGCGAAAGAAGAUCACUGGCGUCACAAAAGCUGCUGUCAAUAGCGCAACUAAACGCGCUCUUGCGUUUACUUCUUCUCCACCUCGUCGAGCUGGAGGUAAACGACGCCGCCAGAGUGAUUCUCCUGUGGCAUCGCCUCCUCGAAAAAAAUGCUUUGCAAAGCAUAUGAACAAGGUCAAGGUUUUGGUUGGAGAAGUGGCUGGCAUGAUCCACGAUAUUCAAAACACUCCAAAAUCGAUGGUUCUUGCUGGCAAAUACGGCAAGUAUCAGGCCGCAAUUUCUUUCUCCAACACUCCGGAGAAAAUGGUUCUCUUUCCUGAGGACAACCGCAAAAAGAAGAAGAAGAAGCUUCUCAAAGCUCGCAACAUUGUCGAACUCGAUAGCGAUCCUGAGGAUUACACCGACAAUCGAAUCUACUCGUCAUCAUCAUCUUCUUCUGAAAGCGAGAUGGAAAGCUAUCUGCAAAAUUCGACCGGUGAGGUUGUCAAGAUUGAAAUCAAAGACGACGGGGAACAAUCUUCGACUGUCAAACUUCCACCACCUGCCGAGCCGAGACAACUUCGUAAAAGGCAAAACCCUCCAAAGAAACCCUAUAAACGACCUUGCCGUAAGAAAAAAGUUCCAAAAGGCUACGCGACGCAGAUUAACUGGAAAGAAAUCGAGGAAAGCAGAGUUGAGUCCGGUCCUUCAGCUUCUCAGGUGAAAGAAGUCACAAAUUUGGUUCGGCAAGGGCCAGCUCAAUCGUUGCCUAGGGAAGAUAUUCCCUUUAUGUCAAACGUGGUGCAAGAAGACGACAAAUUCCCCGUAAAUUUCCCGUUUGAUAAAGAAGCAAGCGAGCUGUUUGACAGCGAGCUGACAGAAACCGACAACGACGAGGCUUAUCGAGCUCAGCGGUUGGAGGAAUACGCAAAAGCUGCUCCUGUUUACAAGAUGAAUAUCCUGCAGCUUCGCCAAGUCUUUCAUCGAUCGUUCAUGUCUACUCGAGGAAUUCGUGCAACCCUGUUUACGACACGACUUGGAAUUUAUGUAAGACGCCUUGCUAAAAAAGCCAAAGAAAUGAAGCUAGACGGGGAAACUCCAACUGCACGUUUUCGAGUGAUCUUUGAAGGCUCCGCUCAACAGCUGUACGAGGAAAUUUACACGCAUCCGGGCAAGUUUAGCGGAGUUUUAAAGACAUGGGACGAGCUUGGUUGCCUUUAUCCAACUUGGGAAAUCGACGGAUCGGGAAGUUUUUUCAUUUUCGAUCUUUAUAUUUGGGUUCGAUACGGGCAGAAAUGGAAGUGCUUAUCGCUGUCAAGUCCUGAAUUAGGUCACCCAGCAAGACUUUUGGCUACUCUGAAUACGAUCCCAUGUGCAGUCUAUCCCUGGCCGGCUGGAAAGUAUGCAGUUGCCAAAACUGUUAUACUUCUCACGCUUGGCAUGGUCCCUCUUUUCAAUGUACCACCAUAUGCAAAAACCGCAGAAAAAUUGUCAAGCGAGAUUCGAGAAGCUCUAGGCCUCGAGCGUGAACUCCCUCAUGGACCUUCAAUUAUCCAAAUGGAUUUAUUGAAUCGUGAGCUUGAAAAUAUGCUCUACCGAUGUCUGAUUGCGUCCAAGUGGGAGGAACUGACCACAAAAGAAGAAUCCUCUAGUAAGCGACUGGAAAAGAUCGGCAAUCUCCUAGAAGAAAACUUUUUGACAUGCGACAACGCAUUUACAUCAUCUGGUUCAAAGACGACUCCCGCCGAGUCCGCUUUUGAAAGCCUGUUUGCAGCUCUUCCUCCUGUGAUGACGCACUUCAAGGAGAUCACCCCAAGCCGAGAGCUAUUGCGAUGCCUUCUCGAUGGCUUAUCCAAACUACGAUUUACAGAAAAUAGUCACUUGAUGAGCCUUUUUGGCAGUGACACAAUAACUGCUGAAAUCAUGAGCUGGCAACUGUGGUCUUCAAUUCCAGUCGAAGCGAUUGUUCCGCCGCCAGAUCAGGAUAAUCGGGCGACAUUUCAAAAAAGUCUCGAGGAAGUUGUACGAGCGGUUGAAAAAUGUAAAAUUGUCGAUUACGGAGCGCCACAAGAAAAUACUCUUCCUCGUUACAAAAGUACUGCACCUCCUGCUGUAGCUCCUGUUGUCAAAAAAUAG